CGCCUUCAGUUGCUUCGCAGCUGCCGCGCGCGAUCGUCGCAUAUUUCAUGCGACCCCGCUAUUCCUCUAACAUAAUAUGGAUAUACAGCACAUCCGCGUUCUUAUCAACAUCAAAUUCUCAUAUUUGUGGUUUUGCGAAGUCUUUAACAAAUAUAAAUGGAUUAUAUUGUAAAGUGCCAUUGGAAACAAUUAGUUUUAUAAGUAGGUAGCUGUGUGAUGGAAUUAUUACAAUAGGUGAAGACAAACGAUGGAACGUUACAAAUCGAUGGUGUGUCGAUGGUGUGCUUCCUACAACAGUGAUGUAAUGUUAAACUAGUGUUAGUGGCCCUAAAGUCUGAUCUGUUAGACUGCGUUAAGUUAUGUAUUAGUUAGUUUUGUAUAUUGUGGAGUAUGCUGAUCAACACAUUCUUGGACACGGAGGAUUUCGUGCAUCUUUAUUACCCGGAGGAUGAGGUGCCUGCUACCCAGGGCUGUGGGGCAGGUGCGCGCAUGGCCUCCAAGUAUCCGGCUAGACCGCCGAGCCCAGAUUACGCCCAGCAGGUAGCGGCACCUUCGACGAGCGAGAUGAGCGACCGCGAUAGGUACCGCUCGCCGCCGCAGCCGGAGCCGCCGCCGCACCGCGUGCGCGCCAGCGAUCUGUAUCCGCGCGAGCGCACGCACUUCGACGAGCCCGAUCUGGAGAUCGGGUUCACGCCCAUAUGCGCAGAGUUUGUCAAGUGGGUUGGAAGAACUACGGAUGGAGGCUCAAUAGCGAUGUCCAAUUACCGGCUGCACCUUCAGCCACGGCGGCGGAGCGGACCCGGCGCCUCCGUGCCCCUCCGGCUCAUCGACGCGACGGAGAUACGUGAUCUCAUACAUUUGAUUGUACUCUGCAAGAAUGGACGCACAUUCAAGUGUACAUUUAAUACUGGGGACCAUUGCUUAGAGUGGUGGCGUAGAAUCAACACUGGCUUGGUCACCAUGAGUUCAGUACAAGAUACCUUCGCGGCGGCGUACGCGGCGUGGGCCAAGGAACAACCGUCUACUUCUAUACACAGGGCGCUUCUGAGAGCAGCGCACAACUUGCAGGAACCGUGGUGGCGUAUAGAGGCUGAAAGACUCGGUUUCAACGAAAGCAGAGUAUGGCGAAUCUCAAUGGCUAAUGUGGAGUACAAAUUGUGCCCGUCCUACCCACCUGCACUGAUCGUGCCUAGAUCUAUCGGAGACGAGGACCUCGACUCUGUUGCACGGUUUCGUGCUAUGCGACGUAUACCGACAGUUGUGUGGCGGCACCGUGGCAACGGCGCGGUGAUAGCACGGUCGUCGCAGCCGGAGGUCGGCUGGCUCGGCUGGCGGUCGAGCGAGGACGAGCGGUUGCUGGCCGCUUUCGUCACAGCGUGCUCCGAAGACAGGACCACGCUCACGGCCGGCAACAACACGCAACAAAAGCUGCUGAUCGUCGACGCUCGUUCGUACGCGUCUGCGGUUACUAACCGCGCUCGUGGCGGGGGCUGCGAGUGCCAGCAGUACUACCCGGCGGCCGACAUACAGUUCAUGUGCCUGCCCAACAUACACCACGUGCGCAGGAGUUUCCAGCAGAUGCGCGCACUCGUCGCCGAGCCCAGUGAUCAGGCCAACUGGCACAGCAACCUGGAGCGCACGCUGUGGCUGCAGUACGUGGCGGGCGUGGUGCGCGCGGCGGGCGUGGUGGCGCGCGCGGUGGCGGCGGGCCGGCCCGCGCUCGUGCACUGCUCGGACGGCUGGGACCGCACGCCGCAGAUCGUCGCCGCCGCCCAGCUCAUGCUCGACCCCUAUUACCGCACUAUCGAGGGCUUCAGAAUACUGAUUGAGCGCGAGUGGCUCGACUUUGGGCACAAGUUUGCGGACCGCUGCGGACACCUGUUCGGCUCGGAGGACCCCAACGAGCGAUCGCCGAUCUUCCUGCAGUGGCUCGAUGCAGUCCACCAACUGAUGUUGCAGUAUCCCUGCAGCUUCGAAUUCAACGAAGCCUAUUUGAUAAAGCUGGCGACACACGUCCACUCGUGCAUGUUCGGCACGUUCCUGUUCAACACGUCUCGCGAGCGGAAUGCCGCGGGGCUGGCCGACCUCACGCCGUGUGUGUGGCAUUUACUAGCCGCGCCUGCGUACAGGAACCAUCUGUACUCCCCGCACUAUGUCGAACAGGUUAUAUGGCCGGACUCUACCGUACGCUCGCUGUACUUGUGGUGGACGAUGUAUGGCGGUGAGCGGGACGAGUGUGUCGACGAUCCCGAGACGGGGUCGCUCGAACCUCUCCAACCGCUCGAACCGCUCGCAGCGACCGAUACUAACCCGCAUGCUGCAGCCACACACCACAAGCAGCGGACCUCGCAUGCCGGAAUGGCAAAAACAAGAUCGUGCGAUAACCUUUUGGCUGAAGGGGAGAAAAGGACAACACAGCGGCGUAGUAGCGACCCCAAUAUAGCGCCGGAUGUUGCGAAACUGUCGUGUGGUGGUAUGGUUGCUGGUGAGAGUGAGUCGAGGCGCGGAGCGCUUACCGACAGCUGCGUCGACAAAUUGGCCGUACUACCAGUAGCAGUUGAAGAACAGCACCAAGUCGGCGCUCUUCAUCCUGACCAUUUUGAAAACGCCCAGAGAUUACCGCGCGAUAUUGCAAGCGGUUCUUCUUCUUUGGAGAGGGAGCUAGGGGGCGCGGCCGAGUCGGCCGACAGGGACGUAGUAGGGCCGGGGGCGGGUGCGGCCGGCACUAAUGAAGACGUGGAGCGCGGCCUCGAUGUGCAGGACGGCCCGUGCCGCAUCCGGCAUACGCCCGACGUCGAAACACCAGAGGAACAAGCGGUUUUUUUCUGCGACACGUAUACUGAUGUUAUUGGGAUGGCAGAUGCGGCGAGAGAGUCCGGUCGCACCCGCCACAUCAGUAUCACGUGGCGUUCCAUAUCAGAAUCAAGCAACCAGUCGAAUCCUUCGUCGAGCGGGUUCGACAUCGAACCGCGUCGUUCGCCCGACGUACAAUCCAGUGACGACUUGCCCAACAGCACCGAGCGUCACCGACACAGGCCCGGCCCCGGCCCUGGGCCCGGCCUUGGCCACGUCGUGGUCAACGGAGCUGUCAGCCAAAACGGCACCAACGGGCACGUCAACGGAACUAACAGUCACUUGAACGGACUGGACGAAGUCACCGGAAAAUUUUUGGAAGUGGAUUUUAAUGGCGGUGCGACGUCUAGCAGUAUUUCGUCGGAGAGCGAGGGCGAGGCGGCGGGCGGCGCGUGCCGCGUGGGGGUCGGGCCGGCGGCGCGGCGCGGCGCGGCGGCGCGCGGGCGCGCGGCCAGCCAGCUCACGCUGUGCCCCGCGUCGCCGCGCCGCGCGCCCUGCUGCCACUGCAGCCGCCGCGCCAGCACCACCAGCGGCGUGGAGACGUCUGGCGAGUCGGCGGCGAGCUCGGAGCGGCGGCGCGGCGCGUGCGCGGCGGCGCGCUGCGUGUGCGGCGGCGGCGCGGCGGCCGCGGCGCGCGACGCGCUCGACGGCCUGCCGCCCGCCACCGACCCGCUGCAGGCGCGCCUGCACCACAUCAUCCUGCACCAGAAGAAAGUAGUGGAAGAGCUCAGUGGGCAACUCAGAGAAGCACGCGAGGCGCUACGGCUGGCGUCGCCCGUCGCCGCGCCGCCGCCACUCGCCGCCUCGCCCACGCAGAUGCCAAGCAGCGGCAGUGUAAGCGGCAGCGUGAGCGUGCGAGGCAGCGGUAGCGGCAGCGGCAGUAGCAGCGGCAGCGCCAGCGGCAGCGCGUCCGAGGUGGAGGUGGGCGAGGAGGCUCGCGGCGUGGUGUGGCUGCCGGACAGCGCGGCGCCGCGCUGCCAGUACUGCAGCAACCACUUCUGGCUCGCCAGGCGGCGUCACCAUUGCAGACGUUGUGGCGGCAUUUUUUGCGGUUCGUGUUCCGAGAUGAGCUCGUGGGGCGACUGCGGCUCGGUGCGCGUGUGCAGGCGCUGCCGCGCGCUGCGGUGACGCGAGCCCGGCCCCGCCCCCGCACCCGCCGCCCCCGCCGCCCCCGCCACGCCCCCCGCCGCCACCGCCACGCUCGCCCGCGCACACGUCGCCACUCUACUGAAGCACACGUUCAACUGAGCCGCGAUCUCCGCUACUAUCUGUAGGUCAUUGUGCCGUUCGCGUGAUCACCUCGCGUACCUAUGACGCCCUAGUACCGGCGCGAUAGGAAACACGAGGUAAAAGGGAGAAGUAGCAUUCUAUUGACGAUGCUCGUGAAUGACGUUGCAUGUAUUGGCGAUUGACGUGUACGACUCAAGUCAUACAUAUUUUACUUCUGACUUUUCUUAUGUUUGGUGUACUUACAUCGAUGGAAUACUUUCAAGAUUAUCACAUACGUGUGAUACUACUUCUUUCUCUAAAAUAUAUUUCCAGUAUAGACAUGACACAGUAAUAGAAUGUUACUUUGCCAACAGAAUGAGAAACUAUAGUACUGCGCAUUUAUGAAUUCCUGUUACCGUUGUGACAGAAACGAAAUACAUUGACGUAGAGAUACUAGCGGUAUCACAGAGAUGGUAUCACUAUCUCUUUCCUAUUCGUGAACUUUAGACAGAGACAGUCGCUGCCUAUAUAUAUAUGAGAGUUAUGUGAACAGUCACGCGCAAGUUACAUUGUAGGUCUAAAUCGUUUAUCUAUUCGUUCUGUUACUAGUCAAUCCGCUUCGAUGAAUGAACUCGACAUCAUUGUUAAAGGAUUAUAUUAUCUAUAGGUGAAUAUGAGGAAAUUUAACCAAUACAAAUAGAAUAAACAUUUAUGCACUUGUGUAUUAAUUGUCCAUUGGAUUGACAUUGAAUAUGUACAGUUACGUAAAAGGGUAAAGAAAGGGGGCGAGAAAAAUAGUAAACUCUGUGUUUUUUUUUUAUUUUAAUUUGGCAAGCAAUCUUGAGGUCAUUUCAAAAUAAUAAUAAAUCCACAAUUAGUAAAACUCUUUACCUAAUUUAAUUUGUUUACAUUAUAAACCUUUAUUUCAUUAAAGAGACUCAAGAUUGUUUACUAAAAUGGGACAAAGAGAAACGGACUAAAGAAUCUAGUCUUUCGCGGUUCGUGGGACGAAGGUGGGGGCGCGCCGAGCGGCUGACGUAGUUAGGUAAAUGAAUAGUGAAUGUUGUUAUGCGAAAGCGUGUUUUGUACCAAGAUUGUUUGACCGCUGUACUGACGCAACGUGUCUCACCGUUAAAGUGUUCUUUUGUCCAUCGAGAUUUACUUUCACCAUCACGUCGGACGAUACCCUGUGAGUGAUAAAGGAAAAGAUUGUAAGCUCUGUAUAAACGAUGUUUUAUUUUGUUUAUUUUUAUUUUGUAUAAUAGUGUUUCAUUUGUUCCAUUCUUUUCUUUUUGUACAUAGUUUUGUUUCACACUCGUACGUCGGCUGGCAGUUGUAACGGAAGAGGUCGCUCGUUAUACCACCAUCGCUUUGAUGUUUAAUUUGAAUUUGGACUUUAACUUAAGUGGUGUAUGGUAUAUUUUACGAUUGCAAGUACUCUAAUCGCAACUAAUGUCAUCGUAAUAUGUAUUGUACCAACCAUUACAGAAGGCUCAAAUUUAACUGACAAAUAUCUAUUUGUAUCAACGCGAUGCGGUCAUAAACGAGUGACGUCCCUAAGACUGCGGUAUACAAGUGUCAGUCGAUCCGAAUAUCUACUGACAACGUCGCUUAGGACUUAAUUUGUAUAUUCGACAAACUUGAUUAAUGUAUAAAAUACAUAAUCUAGCGAUACUUGUAUCGUUGUUACUCGACUGAAGUUAUUUAUGAACUGUGUUUCAUAUAGUGAUGUUUCAUGUAGUACUACAUUUAUUUAUAUCACAAGAUCCACUAAACUUUGUUUUAGGUCCACUGUAUUAUCAUUGAACAAUAUCACCGCAUUGUAUAGGCCCGAUCCGUAGCGGCAGAGUCUAAUGGAACAGUUAUUGGCCAUUAAUUGUGGACCACAACUCUAUAUAUCCGCAACUAUUGGUCCAUGGUUAUCAAUUGGCUAUAUAUUUAUUUAAACUCACCACGUUAGAUUUGAUCGCUGCGGAUCUAACCAUAAGGCGAGAGCCACAUUCGUAUUUUAUUUGUGAUAUGUAAUGGUAAUUUUGUAUAAUUAAGAGUUUAAUAACAUGUUGUUAGAGAUAAAAUUUUACUGGUAAUUAUUUUAAAUACCCUCGCGGUGCGUCGUUGAUUUUUGCAUUGUUGAAUAUUUGGUGGCUGCGGUCCACUGGCUCGAUGCUCGUUUUGAUAACUGUUUCUCUCACUACACUGAUGGUAAGGUGCGAUGGUGUUUUUUUUUUUUUAUAUUAUACUUGAAAUUUUACGUCUGUCAAUAAAGUAGUACAUCUACACAUCUGUGCAAGACUUUUUUUGAUAUUUUUUUCUAUUACUCUGUAAUGCAAUACAAAAAUUAAAAGUAAUAGGUAAAUUCGCAAUAUUGAAUACAGUUGGUUUUGAUUGAAAAAUAAAAAAAAAAAUAUUCAUAUGUAGAUGUCAAUGUAUAUAUGUCUAUAUACAUAUCUGUCACGCUUGUCUCCCAUUGGGAUAGAACAAAAACAAUGCAACGCCAAAUGUUUCGAUUCAAACAAACUUCUUUCGCUUCCUCCACAUUCAUUAAUCUAUUCAUACACGGUCGUCAGUUACGGGUACUUUUAAUUUGGUCCUUCUUCAGCAUGUCGCCUAUUUGGUCGACAUACGUCCGUCUAGGGCGGCCUCUACUGACGUCUUUAUUCAUAUGUGCUCGAUAAAUCUCUUUCGUAAUUCCUUCAUCCAUCCACAUUCUACCAAUGCAAUGUAGAUGUAACUUUAGAAACAGACAAACGUGAAAAACGCCAUGGUACCAUACCCAUAAUUUACAUAUAAAUAACUAAAUUAUGAUAGUGUAAAUGUAAUUCGCUGUAUAAAUAUAUUAUUUGUACUUGUAAUAAGCUAAUAAUGUAUUUAUAAACAAGUACACUUGCAUUACUUAAUUCUGUCCGCCUUUUCUUUAUUAAUAUCGAUAUAUGAUCCAAUUGUAUCAAAUAACUCGGCAAUUAAACAUGAGAUGUAAUCUAAAACUCUAGACAAGUGGCAGUCGAGUAUCGAUAGAUACGUUUUCGUUACCGCAUGUAUGAAAAUGGAUGACGCCUUAUAUUGCUCUUUCGAUCUCAUGCAUGCGAUACCGAUAUAGAUAACACUUGUCUAAAGAUGAGAAAUACAAGGCAAUAUAUGGAUGAAUGGGAUCAUUGAAGUAAUUAAUUAAAUAAUACUGCUUACACCAAAUGGAAAAAAGAUAAUCAUGAUCUCUAUUCAUUCAUUUCUUGUCCUUUGUGUAAUAUUGUGGUGUAUAUCUUAUCCAUUUUAUUGUUGUUCUUUUAAUUUCUGAUUUCCAAAUGCAUCAUGACAAGGCAGGCAUUUUUUUUGCAUCUCUCUUUGUUUAUUUAUUUUUUUUUUUUGUAACCGUUAAAUCAUCUAUUAUUUACAUGGUGUUUUAUGGACGAUAUGAGUUGUCCUCAAAAAAAUAAUGAAAUGGAUAAAGUAUGUAUAGAUUACUAUUCAAUCGCACCGUCUAUAUUGAUCAUUUUGAACAAUAAGCAAUAGGUUGGGGAGGGCGGGGGAUAGAGAGGGGGGAGUCGUAAUAAAUUGUAAAGACUGAAUUGGAGGUAGGGGUGAUAAUUUUGUCAGUCACACGCAGGGCUGCCAAUUGUAAAGGUGGAUGAAAUAAAUUGUAUAUCAUGAAUUGGCUUGUGUAAUUUAUUUCUGUUAAGAAAAAAAUAUAUAAAUCAAAGUGCAAAACAUCACAACGACAGCAUUUAAAAAUUUGCUAGAAAAGUAGAAAUAUUUCAUGUACAUUUACAAGUAUGUAAAAAGUAAAGAAUACCUUUUACGAAUAUAAAAAAAAAAUUGCAAUUUAUGUAUAUUUGAAACUAAUAUACUGGCAACCCUGCAUAAAUUCGUUUAUGCGUGUCAACAUUAUUUCGAACUAUAUUAUAUAGAUCAACUGUACUGUCCCUCCGUCAGCGAGGUGACAUGUAUUGGUGCCAAUUCGGUUCUACCACCUUAAUUAAGCUAAAAUAUUAACAGAUUUUGUUAACAACGGCAUUAAUUUAAAUUAUCCUAAAAUAAAAACUGCUUUUAAUCGGCAUAAAUCGUAAAUAUUCAACGGAAUAAAUGAUAUUCAGAAACCGGACCGCAACAUUAGAUAACACGUUGGAAUGUAAAAGAGUUUUAUAGCUUCAAGUGUGGGUAUGUUUUUAUAUGAGUGUCGACAAAACCAUCAAUCACUAUAGCUCGUCUACUUUAUGUUCGGCGAUCGCUGGUGGAGAACGGGGUCGUAUAUGAGCAAACGUGCUCGUCUCGUCCUCGUUUCCUUUACACUAGCCGCAUCACGCACAGUUGCCAGAUACUAUUUUUUAUUUUUACCUAAAUGUCAAAUAUUUGUUUCUCCAAAUAGAUACGAUUUCCUUUACCGUCAUUUCAUAGAUUUUAUAUAUGUAUCACUGUACAGUUCCUAACUGACAAAACUGCCAAAUUUCUCGCAAGUCCAUUUCAAUUUUUCUACAAAAUUUUCAUUUAUCGAAAAUUGUGUAAACAGAAAAAUGUUUAUUUAAAAUUGCGAAGAAAUAUUUAACCUGGCAAUGCGGUUUACAUUUCUGCUCGUGUGCCUUGCGCACGCUAGGAAGUCCCGCGCAUAAAGUUGUCGAGCUAUACAUGUAGUUUAAUUUCAUAACGAUCAAUUCAUUAGGUAAUAAUAAAUAUAGAUGCAUCAUUAAUUAAUGCGGUUUGGUGAAUAAAAUUUAUCGAUACUCGUUGAAAGAGAAGUGGACUGCUUCGUGUAUAAAUGAUUUUGUAAUUUAUUCGUAAUCUGAUUGUUGUUAUGUGCAUAUAUUUUAUAUUGUAAACGCAAAGCUCUGAGUAACGUGUAAGCUCCAUGUCGAAGUGCAAACCUGUUUGUGACCAAUGAAUAUUGACACGAUGUGAAAUAAAGCAUAUUUAGUUUUUA